AUGGCGGACGCCUUCCAGGCCCGGACGUUGAAACGCAAGAACGUCAAGGGUCUUGCUCUCAAUGCAGCCCCUAAAGCCACCUCCAAUCCCUCCGAUGGCGAUGCGCAGGUCCCUGGCGCCGUCGGGAACAACGAGGCCAACCGCACAGAUACGUUGGAAAUCGGUCUCGAGUUUCGCCUUGAUCUUCGCAGCGAGGAUCUGGUCACACUGAAGGAGCUUGGUGCUGGAAAUGGCGGCACUGUGUCGAAGGUGAUGCACGCAUCAACCAAGGUGGUGAUGGCUCGAAAGAUUAUCCGUGUCGACGCUAAAGAGAACGUGCGGAAACAAAUUCUACGAGAACUGCGCGUGGGCCACGACUGCAACUGCCCCAAUAUUGUGACUUUCUACGGUGCAUUCCAAAAUGAAGCGAGAGAUAUCGUACUAUGUAUGGAAUAUAUGGAUUGCGGAUCCCUCGACCGCGUUUCCAAGGACUUCGGUCCUGUCCGGGUGGAUGUGCUAGGAAAGAUUACCGAGUCGGUGCUGGCUGGUCUUGUGUACUUGUAUGAAGUUCACCGCAUCAUGCACCGCGAUAUCAAGCCCUCCAACAUCCUGGUCAACUCCCGAGGCAAUAUCAAGCUUUGUGAUUUCGGUGUGGCCACAGAGACAGUCAACUCUAUUGCCGAUACCUUUGUCGGAACAUCUACAUAUAUGGCCCCUGAGCGAAUUCAGGGAGGAGCCUACACGGUCCGUUCAGAUGUGUGGAGUGUCGGUUUGACGGUCAUGGAGCUGGCCGUGGGUAAAUUCCCAUUCGACCACUCUGACUCUGCCGCCGGCAACCGUGCCAGCGCCGGCCCAAUGGGUAUUUUGGAUCUCCUUCAGCAGAUUGUUCACGAGACCGCACCAAAACUGCCCAAGAGUGAUGCCUUUCCGCCUAUUCUGCACGACUUUGUUGGCAAGUGUCUCUUGAAGAAGUCCGAGGAGCGACCAACUCCGCGAGAACUAUAUGACAAGGACGCAUUCCUGCAAGCCGCCAAGCGCACACCUGUCAAUCUCGAAGAAUGGGCAAUGAGCAUGAUGAAGCGACAUGACCGCAAGUCCUACCUGGGACCUCCUGCACCAAAAUCCCUCCGCGAGACCGCGACCCCGACCUCUAAUUCGGCCUCAUCCCCAGUGCCCUCAUCAGCCAAACCCCCACCCAUCAGCAAGUCAACUCGCACGCCGCAGCAGUCUCCUUUCCCAUCGAACCCAGCAUCAAGCGACCUCCCUCUGAACGACCCCUCCGCCAAUCCCCGCUACUACCCCCAGUCCCAGUCUAGCCACUACGUCUCCUCGCGGUCUCCUCAACCCCCAUCCCUGGAGCACCUUUCACUGGAAACAACUGAUGACAACGACAUCCGUUCCGGCCGCCACGCAAUGCGUCAGCAUUUAGGAGACCCGGUGUCAGCUAUCGAUGCCCCAUCUCGCCCGUUCAUGAGCCCUCGCUCUGCAAGCUCGAACACUUCCUCCUCUAACUCCCGCACCAACUUGCACUCGGCGACGCUGCCUAUGCGUCCUGCUCCUCCAAACGGUGCACCUCCCGCUCCGCCAGUCUCGGCCGGUGGGACCUGGCGCAGCCAGCCAGGCCGUGACGCAUAUCACUAA